AUGCCGGCGCCGACGCCGGCGGAGGCGCGCGCGGGCCACUGGGCCGAGGACGAGCACGCCAAGUUCCUCGCGGGCCUCGAGACGUUCGGGAGGCGCUGGGACCGCGUCGCGCGCAUCGUCGGCACGCGGACCAUGUCGCAGGUGCGGUCCCACGCCCAGAAGUACUUCAAGCGC